UUGUGCGUAGCCCUGUUGUAAAUCGUGAACUUCUGAACAGUACGGUCGGUUAGUGCUUGACAUCGAAAAUGACUGGACGAGGAAAAGGAGGCAAAGGUCUGGGUAAAGGAGGAGCCAAGCGUCAUCGCAAAGUGCUGCGUGAUAACAUCCAGGGCAUCACCAAGCCGGCCAUCCGUCGUCUGGCCCGCCGUGGAGGAGUGAAGCGUAUCUCUGGCCUCAUCUACGAAGAAACGCGUGGCGUGCUGAAAGUGUUCUUGGAAAAUGUUAUCCGCGAUGCGGUCACCUAUACCGAACACGCCAAGCGCAAGACCGUCACCGCGAUGGAUGUAGUGUACGCGCUGAAGCGUCAGGGUCGCACGCUGUACGGUUUCGGAGGUUAAGCCGCACCCACCAGCCAACGCAGAUUU